ACUGCUGGGAGAACUUAUAUUGCUCUCUUAUUAAAUAUUGGACGCGGCUUUGGUUGAUUGUUGGUGACUUGUUUUCUUUAAAUGGACAAAUUCUACCAAGUUUUUGAUUCCUUUCAUUUCUAAUAUAAAAUGAUUGGUGGCUGAAGCGGCAAAAGUAUUAGUAAGCAGUAAAGAAAGUUGAGCAAAAGGUUAUGUUCUUGUGCUUCCCAAAGCUCUCUGCUGCUGUAGGACCGAGAAUCAAAUAUACAUAGUCCAUUCCAAAAUACUAUUGCCUGUUGAUACAAGUGUAUAAAAACAAACAUUGUCGGCAUGAUUGACCGGCUGUACAAACUAAUUUGGCUUGCCGUUCAUAUUAUUGUCAGCAUAUAUGAAACCCUAUGCUUUCUGUAUUUACGGUUUCAAGCUUUAAUAAUUUGGUCAUAUGACUUUUGGCAAAACAGUGCAUCUAUUACCCGCCGCGACCGCGCAUAUUUAUUAGGCUGCAAGGCUGAAUUAACGAAGUUGCCUAAACAUUUAAAUUUGAUCAUUGGACCUGAUCAACUUGGUUGUGUGAAUGAGUCAGUCGUUACAAACAUAUUAUCUUAUGCCCAAAUACUCGGUAUAGAUUGCGUCAGUUUAUAUGAUGUACGUAGCGAAGGUGUUUCCGUAAAGCAGAUAUUCAAAAGGCGAAAAUCAUAUUGGAAGGAGUUACAACAUAACCAAUUUGAAUUGGGCCCAGAAGAGUAUGAAUCGACAUCAAAGGAUAUAAAUAAGAAUGGGUGCAAUGUAAAUGGUUACGCGAGAAAUGGUAACAUAGUUGGUGAAAAUGGCAGUUUAUGCAAUGGAAAUGCAUAUAAAAAUAUUUCAAGUGCACAUAUGAAAGUUUAUCAAAUUAGUAAUGAAGAUAAUCGCCCCUUGUUAGCGAAAAUCUGUCGAAAACUUUUUCAACAACGUGAUACCUCAAAUGUGCAAAAACUACUCGCUGACCGUAAACAACUAGAACAGCACAUCUCCGAAGAGUUGGCGAAUCAUAUGCAAUGGAAUUUUGUAGAUCCCGAUUUGAGCAUAAUAUUCAACAGAGACACAUGUAGUUUCGGCGUGCUCCCAUGGCAGACACGUUUCACCGAAUUCCAAACUUUUGAGACUGGACGUUAUAUGAAUGCGGAAAAUUUUGCCAAUGUUCUUUAUAAAUAUUCGAAAUGUGAACAACGUUGGGGGAAAUAGAAGCUAAAUAUAUAUACAAACUACUAAGGGGAUAACUAUCUGAGAUGGGGUAAAUCAAUUAGCUUAUGUAUAUGAAAGAAAAAAAGGGGUCUGCAAUAACUGAACAUAAGUUACUGUACUGCUUACAUCAUUCGAUUGUGCACACUACUUUAGAUUACAUACGUACGAAAAAUAUUUAAUAUUUAUAUAAAUUAAAUUUUAAUAUUAUUAUUACAGUUUUUUUCUGUUAAUGUGCUAAGCUAAAUGUAUAGAAACAAAUUCAAUCACAUUUUUUGUUAGAUCACAGUGAACAUUGUAAAAAAAAUAUCAUCGAAAUAUGCUUUAGUGUAUCAUUAUUAU